AUGGCAGCCGAUAUGACCGGCGAGCAGAUGCAAGCCAAGAUCACCAACGCCAGGCGCGAGGCUGAGGGUCUCAAGGAUAAGAUCAAGCGCAGAAAGGAUGAGUUAGGAGACACAACUCUUCGACAAGUCGCGCAAAACCACACGGAUGCCCUGCCGCGGAUCGGAAUGAAGCCCCGGCGCACGCUUAAAGGCCAUCUGGCCAAGAUCUACGCCAUGCACUGGUCGACCGACCGCCGCCAUCUGGUCUCUGCGUCGCAGGAUGGCAAGCUCAUCAUCUGGGAUGCCUACACGACAAAUAAGGUCCACGCCAUUCCCCUGCGGUCGUCGUGGGUCAUGACCUGUGCCUAUGCCCCGAGCGGGAACUACGUCGCGUGCGGUGGUCUCGACAACAUCUGCUCCAUCUACAACCUGUCCUCGCGCGAGGGUCCGACGCGCGUCGCUCGCGAACUGUCAGGCCACUCGGGCUACCUGUCCUGCUGUCGCUUCAUCAACGACCGCCGCAUCAUCACUUCCUCCGGCGAUAUGACCUGCAUGCUCUGGGAUAUCGAGUCCGGCUCGAAAGUCACCGAAUUCGCCGAUCACCUUGGCGACGUCAUGUCUAUUAGCAUCAACCCAACCAACCAGAACAUCUUCGUUUCCGGUGCCUGCGACGCCUUCGCCAAGCUCUGGGAUAUCCGUACCGGCAAGGCCGUCCAGACCUUUGGCGGCCACGAGUCCGACAUCAACGCCAUCCAGUUCUUCCCCGAUGGCAAUGCCUUCGGAACCGGCUCCGAUGACACCUCGUGCCGUCUCUUCGAUAUCCGCGCCGAUCGCGAACUCAACAUCUACCAGAGCGAUCAAGUUUUGUGCGGAAUCACUUCGGUCGCUUUCUCUGUAUCUGGGCGACUCCUUUUCGCUGGUUAUGAUGACUUUGAAUGCAAGGUGUGGGAUGUUCUGCGUGGUGAUAAGGUCGGUUCCUUGAGCGGCCACGAGAACCGGGUCAGCUGUCUGGGUGUCAGCAACGAUGGCAUUAGUCUGUGCACUGGAUCGUGGGAUUCCCUGGUAAGUACCUCCGCAGAUUAA